AUGAUAAACGUUCUUUUGCCUUGGUGCCUGGAUAUAAUGAACAGCAAAUCUACAGAGAGAGUCAACGCGUCUCAAUACUGUUUACAGAUUAUAUUGAACACUUACAGCGGCAUGAACGAUGAACCCGAUUCAAAACCCGACGAGGUUUUGUGUGAGAUGCAUGAAGAAGUAAUUGACAAAAUUCUGUCAUCCUUGUUGGAUAAAAUAGUAAAUAAAACGACAACAGGCAUUGCUAGAGACGCAUUAAUAGAAUUUAUUACACGUAACAUUCAUUAUACUGCGUUAAAUUGGGCCAAACAAUUGAUCGAGUUUGGCGGUUUGCUAACAUUAAUGGAGAUAGCCAGUCAAUGCCAGAGCAAAUAUUUCAAUUCGUUGGAUAUUACGUCUUCCACACAAACUAUAACCAGCGUGUGUUUAACAAAAAUCGAUGAAAACUUGGAUGAAAAUGAUAAGGAAGGAUUUUUCAACAUCAUUAAUGAAUUUAUUAGAGAAGAUUUGAAUUCAACUGACGUAGAAUGUCAUGUGAAUGCAAUAGUUGCAAUGAUAACCUUAACAUUCGGUUCGUUUAAUGUUGCAAACACAAUUAUUACCAAAGACGGAUUUGAUAAAAUAAUUGUGGAUUUUUGGAAUGAGAAUGACUUAUUGCUGCAAAAAGUGAUUUGCGAAUUUAUCUAUGUCGUUGUAACCAAAUAUAACGAAUUUAUCACGUUUAUACGUGAAAGUUUACCUAUAUUGGAAAAACUGAUUUAUUCUAAGGACCCGGAUAAUCUUGAAAACUUGACAUCGUUCAAAUCAAUUCAGGUUCGAGCGUUCGUGAAUAUUUGCAAGAUGAACAAAUUCGAAGAGAUAAAAUAUUUCCGGGUUGCCUGUAUGUUCGUCCACGAUGAAGUGCAAAUACUUGUUUGGCUGGAGGUUUGCAGACAAUUUUUGACCAGUCCUCAGAGAGAUAUGAGAAAAUGGGCCGUUGCAGGUCUGUCGUAUCUCACUUUCAAUCCCGUAGUCAAAAACACGUUGAUCGAAGACCGACAAGCCGUUGAAACGAUAAUCGAGUUCGCCAAGACUGAAAAUCAAUCAAUUCUCUAUCAAGUGGACAUAUUGUUG